UCAGCCAGGCCUUGUGUCUAAACUCCGAGCAACUCGACCAGCCCCACACGAAUUGGAGAUGCCCCCAAAGCCCAAGCACCGCGACGUGGCCGGCUUCCUAAGCCGGGUGCGCGACUUCUUCCUGGGCCGCACCCACAAGACGGCCCUGCGCUUCGCGGACACUGUCUCCCCGCGCACCCAGCCGCCCCCGGACAUUCCCAAGGGUCCUUCGCAGAGCCUGUUCUCCAACUACUACUACACCAGGGACCCCCGGCGAUUGGUCAAGCCGUCCGUCGACUUGGUCCUGGAGCAUAAGCAGAUGCUAGCUGCCAAGCUGAAGGCCGAAGAAGCUGCCAGGGCCGCCCAGGCCAAGUCGAGAGAUGCCCCAAUGGGUGGAGCUCCUGCCGCGCCUCCCAAGGAUUCCGACUCAGAGGACUGCCAUCAGUGGCAGGACUCCGGCGCAAAGAGACUUCCCACUCCGGGCCAGGUGCACUCCUGGGAGGGUCCACGUUAAUCGAGUUACUAGUUUCUGUAUUGACAACGCGUUGAAGAAUCGAGUGUGCUGCUACUUGCCUGUCUUUUGCAAAUGCACAGUGCGGCUAUUUACGAUUUUAGGCAGGACAAUUAAGGGGAUUCGCGGUGGAGCAAUGCAGCAGGUCGUAAAAAUGUAAAUCUAAUUAGACGUCAAGGGUGAAAAUCAUUUAUAGCACCUGCAUGAAAAUUUAAUUAAGCACACACAAUUAUCGAAGGCACAAGCUGGGACGCGGCGAAGGCGAGGUCCAAAGGGUUCGCUACAGGCCACAACAAUAAAUUUGCAGGCUUAAUAACCUUUAAUGCCAUCAAAAUGUA